CUGUGAAAGAGUAUAAACCCACGUCUUUUGUUUAUGAAUAGUGUUGCUUUGGGUUUGUGCGUUGUUGUUGUUUUUUCAAAACUCAUUUGCACAUUCUUUAAUUUGACCGAUUAGUAAAUCUAUAAUGUUUGUUUAAGUGAGUGCUGUGUUCCUGUUAGCUCUGUGCUUGCUGUUAAAGUCAGAGCAGGUUCAGGUCAGGUUGCACGUGCUGUAACAUUUUGAAGCUUGAACCCUUUCCAUUAUUAAACAUUUACAAACGCACCCUUUUAAUGAAGAGUUAAUGUACUCAUUUUUAAGAGUAUAUUCUUGCAUUAAAAAUGUUUGUAUAUUUAUUGAACCCUCUGGAGAAUUUUAUUCUGGAACCUUCCGUAAAUCAGCGGCUCUGCGUUCACACUGUGUUAAUAUCAAUAAGAUGUGAUACACAUAUUAACACUUCUAUUACUGGUUUUAUUACAAAUUGCAGUUGAAGCCCAUUUAUGCCUUCAGAGUAAAUGCAUUCAAUUCACACAUUAGUUUUACAACUGCAAUAACAGUAGAACAUCAAUACCACAGUAAAACAUCAAUGCCACAGUUACUGUAACAGAAAUCACACAGUUUCUUCAUUCUGAUUCUUGAUGUGAAAGAUAACUGAAGCUCUUGACCUGGACCUGUGAGACUAGCUGAUUAGAUUACUGCAUCAAUGUUCAGGUGGAUGAAAAGUGUAAAUCCUGAAAAGUGGCAUUAAGCCGUAGCUGGCAUAUGAAACCCAAAUAUAGCAUAUGAGCAUCUGGACAGUUGAACCACAACUGGCAAAUUAAAUGGUCAUUUAAUUUUACAACUGCAAUAACUAAACUCUGUAACUUUUUAAAUAAUAGUUGAUAAUUAUCUGUAACUUUGUGACACUUAAAAAAAUAAAAUAAAUAAUUAUAUAUAUAUAAAUUAUAAUGUUCUGGACCGCCUGUCAGUGUGUCACAUACUCCUCAGGGUCUGUGGACCUUAUGAAGCUCAGUAAUGUUAAGUUACUUGAGGAAUAUCGUACUUUGGUGUUACCUCAGGGUCUGAACAGGGAGUCUGUCACCUGGACAUUAAUAUAAGUUGGAUGAUGCAAUCAGAGAAUGACCCAAAACACAUAAGUAACUCAAUAACAGGAUGGUUUUAAUAAAAAAAAAAUUCUGUGUCUCUGAGUCAAGAGUCCAGACCUUACCAGGAUGAGGCACUGUGACCUGAUCUGAAGCAGGCUGUUCAUUCAAGAAAUCCCUAAAACAAUAGUUGAAUUCAUAAUGGCAAUCCCUAUCGCGAUCCUGGACUGUGACCUGUUGCUCCAUGGCCGCGGACACAAAACCCUGGAUCGAUUUGACAUUGAAACCGUGUCAGACGAGUUUCUGUUGACGACGUUUGGUUUCCCGCGUGAGUUCAUCUAUUACUUGGUGGAGCUGCUGAAGGAGAGCUUGUUAAGGCGCACGCAGAGGUCGCGAGCGAUCAGCCCCGAUGUUCAGAUUCUUGCAGCUUUGGGUUUCUACACAUCGGGGUCCUUUCAGAGCAAGAUGGGCGACGCCAUAGGCAUCAGCCAGGCCUCUAUGAGUCGCUGUGUCUCAAAUGUCACCAAAGCUCUGAUGGAGAAAGCCCCGGAGUUCAUCGGCUUCAACAGGGACGAGGCCACCAAGCAGCAGACUAAAGAAGAGUUCUACAGGGUGGCAGGGAUUCCUAACGUUUUAGGAGUUGUAGACUGUGCACACAUAGCGAUAAAAGCACCUAACGCAGAGGAUUCAUCGUAUGUUAAUAAGAAAGGCUUCCACUCCAUUAACUGCCAACUGGUUUGCGACGCCCGAGGGUUGCUGCUGAGUGCCGAGACACAUUGGCCUGGCAGUCUGACAGACAGAGCUGUUUUUAACCAGUCUAGCGUGUGCAAGCUGUUUGAGGAGCAAAUGAACCAUGAGGGCUGGCUUUUAGGAGAUAAUCGCUAUCCUCUGCGAAAGUGGUUGAUGACUCCGGUCUCGAAUCCAGAGACUCCGGCAGAUUACCGCUACAACCUGGCUCACAUGACCACGCAUGAGAUCGUUGACCGCACGUUCCGCGCUCUCCAGACACGUUUCCGAUGCCUGGAUGGAGCCAAAGGCUAUCUGCAGUACUCGCCGGAGAAGUGUUCCCACAUCAUCCAAGCGUGCUGCGUUCUCCAUAAUGUCUCGCUGCAGUCUGGACUGGACGCCUGGACCUUCGAGAGGACCGAGGCCACUGACCAAUCAGAAGAGAGCAGCGAUCCAGCAGAAAAAGUGGACCUGGAGGCACUGAGAGUGCGACAGGAACUGAUCCAGAAUCACUUUAGCUAGAGUUGAGCUGGGACUGAGCCUCAGAGCUGACGUGAUGUCUCAGACUGAAGUAAACAAACAUUACACACAAGACGUUUGUGAAGAUUUGACGACGAACCUGAACUUGUUAUUUUGUGUGUUUGUAUGUGUUGGAAGCAUGUAAGCAAAUGCGAAUACAUUAUUUGGAUUAAA